GGAUAUGGAAGUGUAAAUGUAAAAGUUCAUGUCGGUCCGGUGUCUGGACCUUUCCAGUAACAACAGAAAUGGGAGUUACAGUCCAACAAAUAACCCCUGGGAAUGGUCAGACAUAUCCAAAGAAAGGACAAGUAGUAGUUGUCCAUUACACAGGGACAUUAGAGAAUGGACAAAAGUUUGAUUCCUCGCGAGACAGGGGGCAGCCAUUCAAAUUUAGGAUUGGUCACCAGGAAGUCAUCCGAGGCUGGGAUGAAGGUGUGAGCUCUAUGAGUAUCGGAGAGCGAGCUAUUCUGACCUGUAGUCCAGACUAUGGAUAUGGAAGCAUAGGAUACCCAGGUGUUAUUCCUCCCAAUUCAAAGCUUGUAUUUGACGUAGAGCUGCUGAAGCUAGAAUGAGGCCACCCCAGACCACCUAUAUAUCUUAUUUAUUAAAACAUUUCCUUGACUUCAAUGGAACAACUUUAUUUACAAUGGAGGAAAGUGGAAGACUUAUCCAACAGAUUUUUUAUGUGUGCAUAUACACGUAUUUUGAGUAUUUUGAUAUGACUUUUGUGUUCAUUAGGAAUAUUUUAUUAUUAUCCAUGGAGUUACAAUUUUGUAUACUAAAUAUGUUUUUAAAGACAUGUAUGAAUAUUUUCUAUUUAUCUCCUGUAUGUAAUUACCGAUGGUGAAUUUUUGUGAUGUUAUGAAACAUGGUUGUUUUAUUGAUUAUUUGUGACACAAGACCAUAGAUCUAAAAGGCGGUCCAGAAGUUCUUAGUGACAUGCAUCUUUGCAGAAUAAGAUUUAUGUGUAUUGUUUAUAUAAAGUAAAAUAUGUCUUGCUGCAACUUGCAAAAAAUCUUUUAGCCCUGUAGUACAUAUGCCUACAAUGCAUUACAAAGUUUUUCUCUCACAGCUAGACUAUUUAUUUUCAAUGUUAAUUCAAUGUUAGGAUUUUUUGUUUCAUUAGUGUGUUUGUGUGUAAGAGCUUACUUGCCUGGUUAGAACACUGUGUUUUUGUGAAGAAGAUGGUCCUCUAUACAAUUUUGAGGCUACAUUAGCAAAAAUUAUGAUAAUUUAGUAGAAGUUAUGUUUUCAAAUCAAAGAAACAUUUUCUGUACAUUUCUAGUAAUUUUACUUACACAUACAUCAUCCAAGAUACCCAUAGUUUAAAACAUAUACAAGGACUAGAGAAUGUGAUGUAUGGUAACAAAGAAAUCACCUGAAUGUAGAAUCUCUGAAAUGUUCUCUAUGAGUUUAUAUUCUAUGACGUAAAAUUCCAGUUAUAUUUUUUAAUGUUUCAGUAUGCUAAACUACAAGUGAGACUUUCCUUUAAAAUCUAUAUCUUUAUCAUUCAACCUUUUCCUUGAUGUAGUGAUAUGAAUAUAGUUCAUUUUCACUGAAUGGGCAUUUUCUAAUUUCUUAUGUUAUUUGGUCACAUCUAUUUGUGUCUGUGCCAUUGAUGUGAUAGGAAUCUUCUUGAGACAGUGUGAAUUACCACACUUGCAUUGCUUGUCUUAGAUUUAUAAUUUGUGCAAUCAAACAAACUCCAGCAACUCUUGACUUUUGUAAAAUAAUCUCAGUGCUAGAAUAAUAGGUUGUGAAUAUGUAAAUACAUGUGUAUUUUUAUUUGCUUGAUUAUGAAACAUUUUUGAAUGAAGUAAAACCUAUGAGCUUUGAAUUCUAUUUCAAGCUAAUUAGUUUAGAUUUUAUUGGUCCAGGAACAAAAUUGCAAGUUUUGUUAAUGAAACUGGAUAGUGCUUUAUCUGUAUAUCAUUUACACAACAGAUGUAUACUUGAUAUUGGUUUCAUUUGAUUCUUUGAAUGCAUCAAAUGUAUAAACAAAACUAAAAUAUGAAAAAGAUGCAUUAUUUGUACUCUCUCCCCUCUCUCUCACUGGUUCAAGAGUCAAUGAUUAAAUUAAAAGUAUUAUGUUUGUGUCCCUGACAUUGACUAAAAACUUUCUAUAUAUCUACUGUAGUUUCCAACAGUUUUUAAACAAUCUUGUCAAUAUUUGUGUUUUAUUGCAUUUUUGUUAAGUUUUACUUCAAUAAAUGCAUGUAAAUAUGACAGGAAUUUUAUUUCACUUGAAGUAUUUACAUGUGUGACUAAAUGUUA